AUGCCAAAACGUUUAUUACAAUUAUGUUCAUAUCAUUCAUGGUGGCCUGAAUUUGUUAAAGAAUGUUUUCAACGUUAUUUUCUUUCAAAUGAUAUAUUAACAAUUGAUCAACAACAAUCAUUAUUUAUAAAUCUUGUUGAUUUAUGUGAACAAACAUUAUUAACAAUAAAUUCUCCAAAUGAAACAACAAUUUAUUAUAAUCGUUUAUUAGCUAUUGAAUAUAUAAAUAAUAUAUAUAAUUUAUUAUUAAAUACAAAUAAUAAUUAUCAAUCAAUUGAAUGGUUAUUAUUAUUUAUAUAUCGUUUAUCAGAAAAAAAUUUAUUUCCAUAUUCAUAUGAACAAACAAAUAAAAAAACAAAUUUUUCACAAUUAAUUAAUAAACAUUGGCAAUUUUUACAUACAUCAUCUAUAAUACAAAGUCCACGUAUAACAAAUUCAGCAAAUAAUUAUCGUCGAAAAUUACGUAAAGAAACAUUAUUAAAAAAAUCAAAAUUAUCAUCAUCAACAUCAACAUCAACAUCAAUAACAACACAACAACAAAUACAAACAUCAACAAUAAUUAUAUCACCAACAAAUUCAAUUGAUUAUUAUUGUUAUUAUUCAUUAGUUUUACAAGUUUCAAAAUAUCUUAUUAAUAUAUUAAUUGAAAAUAAAAAUUUAUCAAAUGAAUUAUUUAUAUUAAUAUGUAAAUCAUUAUCAGAUAUAAGUCGUUCAUGUAAACCAUUUUUAUUAUUAAAUGAAUAUAUAAAUAAAGAUAAUUUAAUUAAAUUAAUUUUAAAUACUGAACAAAUUUGGUUAAAAUAUGCAUUUAAUUAUUUUUUAAUUGAUUUUAUUGAUAAUGAAAUAUAUUUACCAAAUGAAAUGCAAAUAAAUGAUGAUAAUAAUAAUAAUAAUAAUAAUAAUAAUAAUAAUAUAUUAUAUCCAACAACAGAAGAUUUUUUAAUACUUUUAAGUCAAUCAUCAUCAUAUCAACAACAACAUCAAUAUCAACAGCAACAACAACAACAACAACAACAACAACAAACAUCAAUAAUAAAUAAUUUAAAUUAUGAUAUAAUACCAUUUUCAAUUGAUAAUCGUCUUGAUGGUAAUAUACAAUUUAUAUUUGAUUUAUUUACAAUAAAUCAAUCAUAUAAAAUUCAAACAUUAUUAAAUAAAAAUUUCUAUCAAUUAAAUCAAUAUACAAUUGAUUAUAAUUUAAAUAUAAAAACAAAUGAUUUAAAUCAACAAUAUGAAAUAAAACGAAAUUUUACAUAUACAACAAUUGAUUUAUUAAAUGAAAUUUAUCAAAAUAUGUUAUGUUAUUUUAUUGAACAAAAUCAUUUUAUGUCAUAUGAUUUAUAUAAUAAAAUUGAACAUUUAUUAUCAUCAUAUUUAAUUAUAUCAUUAACAAAUUAUUCAAAAAAUAUUAAUCAUAAACAAAUAUAUAUACAAACAGAAACAAUUAAUAAUAAUAAUAAUAAUAAUAAUCAACCACCAAUAAAUAUUAAUUUAAAACCAUUAUUUAUUAUGUCAAUUGAUACAUUAGAUAAAUUAUUAAAAUUUUUCUUACAAUCAUCAUUAAUAACAAUACGUUUAUGGCAUCAUUUAUUUUCAUUAUUAUAUUAUACAAGUACAAAUAUUGAUUUAGCUAAACAAAUGAAACAAAUGUGGUUUCAAGGUAAUAUUGAUAAUAGUUUAUUUGCUAAAAUAUGGUUAAAAUUUAUUCAAACAACACAAGAUAUGAUUGAUGAAAGUACAGUUGAUAUUGUUAUUAAUUAUUUUGAAAGAUUAUUUAUGUGUGAUGAUGAAAAUAUAAAUAUUAUGGAAAAUAUUAAAUUAAGUAAAAGAGUAGCAACAUCAGAUGAAUCAAAUCAAUCUCAAGAUAUUCCAUCAUCAUCAUCAUCAUCAUCAUCACCAUCGUCGUCAACUAAUGUCAAUAGUCAUUAUCUUAAUACUCUUCUAUCUAUUCUUGAUCGUUUGAUAAGUAAUGGUUUUCAUGGUCCAUUAAAUUGCCAUUUAAAAUUUUUAACUUAUCUUUUUAAACAAAAUUUUUCUCAAGCAACAUCAUCAAUACGUUUAAAAGUUUGUCGUAAUAUAAUUGAUUUUGUUUGGUCAUUUUGUUAUUCAUAUUCACCAUUAUCAUUUACUCAAAAUGAUAUACAUCCAUUAAUAUGUUUUCUUAAUUAUGAUCGUAUUCAUCCUCGUCAAACAUCAACAUCAUCAUCUUCAUCAUCAUCAUCAUCUUCAACAAGUUCAUUAAUUCCUCCAUCAUCAUCUGUAAAUAAAUGGCAAUUAAUGAAUACAGUUAAUAAACUUUCUCUACAAAAUAAUCAAUCAUCAUCAACAACAAAUAAUAAUGAUGUUACAACAACAACAACAACAACAAAUUCAAAAUCAUCAUCAUCAUCAAUACGACGUCAAUGUAAUUUACAUGAUACAUGUGUAAGACAAAUGAUAUUAUUAAUAACAAAAUUAAUGGAAAAUACAAAUCAAACAAUUGAUCAACAACGUAAACGUUUUAAAAAUGAAGAAAUAAAUAUAAAAUUAAAUGAAAUUGAAGAUGAACAUAGUGAUGAUAUACUUGAAACAAUUUAUAUUGAAAAACUUCUUUCAAUACUUUCAAUAUGUCAUUCAUCACUUGAUUCAUCACCAUCAAUAUCAUUAAAUUCAUCAACAAAAUUUCUUGCUGCAUCAAUAACAUCAACAAAUCAAUAUUCAUCAUUUAUACAUACAACAAUACAUUUAAAUUUAAAUGAUUUAAUAUCUGUUGGUGAUAGUAUUUAUUAUUGUUUAACAACAUUUAUAUCACAACCAAAUUAUCUUUUACCAAUAUUAUGUCAUUAUUUAACAACAAAUCCAUUAUUAUCAUCACCAUUAUUAUUAUUUAUUAUUUAUUCAAUACAUAAUACAAAAAUAUUAUUUCAAGCAUUAAAUCAAUAUAAAUUACUUGAUUUAUUAGUUAAUAAUUUAAUUCUAUAUUCAAAUUAUUUAACAAAUCAAACACAAAUACCAUCAAUACAACGUAUUUAUGAUCAAAGACAAUCAUUAAAUAAUACAAUGGAUAUUGGUUCAAUAAAUUUAUCAUCACAAUGUCAAAUAAUAUGUUCAAAUCCAAAUGCAACAUCACCAGAAAUUUUAUUACAAUCAAAUAAUAAUCUUCAAACAACAACAAUAACAUCAUCAUCACGUCGUUUACGUUCACCACCAUGGUCAUAUACAUAUUUACCAAAUGAACAACGUUGUACAUUAACAUUACAAUUUCCAUAUUCAAUUAUAUUAAAAUCUAUACAAAUAAUACCAUUUACACAAUUAUCAAUUAAUCAUUAUACUAUAAUGGAACAAUUAAAUACAAAUUUAACACAAUAUCCAUCAUCAAUAACAUGUGAAAUAUCAUCUGAUGGUUAUUAUUUUAUACCAUGUUCUUAUUUAUUAAAUACACAAGGACAACAAAUAAUUAAUUUAUCAAUAACAAAACAAAUUGAUAUUGUUAAACAUUUACGUAUACAUUUUUAUAAACCAAUUGAUCAUGAUACAAUUGGUUUACAACAAAUAUCAAUAUAUGGUUAUUAUGCAUAUGAUCAACAAAUGAUUAUUGAACAAACAAGUCAUCCAUAUCAAACAUUAAUAUCAACAGUUUAUGGUAAACAAAUAUUACAUAAUAAAAAUUCUAAUACAUCAAUAAUAACAACAUUAAAUGAUGAUGAUAAUAUUAAAUUAAUGUAUUCAUCAAUAAAAUCAUCAUCAACAACAAAUAUAAAUACAAUUGAUAAUAGUCAACAAAUAUCAAUGUUAUUAUCAGAUAAAUAUCGUUCAUUUAAUCAUUAUUUACAAUUAAUACAUUUAUGUUUAAAAAAUUCAUUAAUAUUAAAUGAUAAUUUAUUUGAAAAAUUUCUUUUUAUACUUAAAGAAAAAUUUUUUUAUAUAAAUAAUUUUCUUUUUAAUGAAAUAUUUAUUUUUAUUGGUAAUCAUUGUACAGAUAAACAAUUUGAAUUAUUUAUUAAUUAUUUAAUUACAUAUAAUCAUUUUAAUAUUUUAUCUGAAUUAAAUUUUAAUGAAAAAAAUAUUCAUUCUUUAAUUAAUAAUAUAAAUAAUGAAUUAAUUAAUGAUCAAAUAAAACAAAUAAUUAAUAAUAUUUUUUGGAAAAUAAAAGAAGAUAAUAUAAAACUUGAUGAAAAUUUAUUAGAAUAUUUAUUAAAAAAUUAUUCAUGGUUAUUACCAUCAAUAGGACAUCAUAAACCAUUAUUAGUUAUGAAUUAUAUUAAUAAUAAAAAUGAUACAUUUAUUGAAUAUUUUAAACAAUUAAAAAUAUGUUCAUUAAGUGUUGAAUUUCUUAAUGAAAUAUUAAUUAAUGAAUAUUUUUUAAAAUCAAUUGAAGAAUUAAAUCAACAAAUACAAUAUAUAAUAAAUAAAACAUCAAAUUAUUUAUUAAUUUAUCAUGGACUUGAUUAUUUAAUAAAAAUAAGUAAAUAUUCAAAUGUACAAAUAUGGUUUUCAAAAACAAUAAUUGCAUCAAAUAUAUGGAAAUAUUUACUUGAUAUAUUUAAUAAUCCAAAUAUAUCAUCAUUUAUACAAUCACCAUCAAUUUUAUUAACACAAUUAAUAACAUUAUUAAGAAAUUUAUCUAUACAAUGUCCAACAAAUCAAAUAAAUAUGUCAUUAAUAUCAACAUAUUUAGCUUAUUUAACUGAACAACGUCUUGAACAAGAUCGUCCAUUAACAGGUUAUUUACAAUAUAUAUUAAGUGAAGUUGUACUUAAACAUGAAUAUAUACAAUGUUUAAUAAAUACACGUGAUUAUCCAAUAAAUAUACGUGAAUAUUAUACAUUAUUUCAAAGAAAUUCACUUUAUCAUAAAUUAAUUCAAGAUUGUUCAAUAUCAAUGAAUAUUGGACAAUUAAUUGAAAAAUUAUUUGGUUUUAAUUAUUUACAAGCUAAUAUAUGGACAGCAACAAAUUAUAUUAAAAAUAAAAGUUAUUUAAUAAAAGCAUCAAGUGAACCAAUAAAUAAUAAUCAUAGAAGAAAAAUACCACGAGCUGAAUUAGUUUCAUUAAGAUCAACAAUACAAAGUAAAUUAACAACAAAAUCAAUUAGUUCAUUAACAAAUUUAACUAAACAUCAAAAAUUAUUAUCAUCAUCAUCAUCAAAAUCAACAACAACAACAAAUGAAUCAUCAAUUUCAAAAAAACCUCCAUUAAUAUCACCUGUAGAAAAUGUACAUUUUAUUUUACAUAUUAAUGGACAAAAACGACAAUGUAUUUUACCAAAAACUACACGAUUAAGUGAUUUAUUAUUAUCAUUUGAUUGUCGAUUAUUAAAUACUUAUGAAGUUGAUGUUAUUGAAUUUACUUUUGAUAAUCAUAUUUUAAUUAACGAUGGUCAAGAACAUGAAUUAAUUACACAUAAAUCAAUAGUUGCAAAUAAAGAUUAUCCAACAUUACUUGAUACAUUUGUUCAUGCUAAUGGUCUUAAAAUUCUUGCACAACAUUUUGCUCGAAAUUAUCCAUCAAUACAAUCUUAUGAUGAAUGUUUAUCAUCAUCAUCAAAUACAAAUAUAUUCGAUAAAAUAAAUUUCUUUGAUUUUUCAUCAUUAGUUUCAACAUCAUCAUCAUCAUCAACAAAUUCUUCGAAUAAUAUGACAAUGCCAUAUUAUGUAUUUAUAACAUUUUCAAUAUUUCUUCGUUUACCAAAUUAUGCACGUGCUAUGUUAAAAAAUCGUUCACUUGCAUGUAAUAUAAUACGUUUAAUGCUUGGACAAAAAGACUCAAGUAUAAAUGAAUAUCAAGAUCAAACACAACAUCAAGAAAAUUUUGAUAUGCGUCAAUUAUCAAAAUUACCAUUUGAAACAUUAUCAAUUUUACUUAAAGAUUCAUCAAAUGAUUUAUUAGAUGAAAUUUUACAUUCAAGUAUUUUACUUUUAUUACUUUCAUGUUUAUCAUCAAUAACACGUCAUCCACAUCGUAAACAAAAAGAUUCAAUAUCAACAUCAUUAUCUGUUCCAACAACAAUAAAUAAUCCAACAAUAAUUGAUGAUAAUGAUGAUGAAUAUUAUGAAGAUGAUAUUGAACAAAUUGAAUCAACAACAAUACAACAAUUAAAUACAAUUAAUAAUAAUAAUAGUAGUAAUAAUAAUAAUAAUAAUAAUACAAAUUCAAGUUUUUGGGCUAAAGGUACAGGUUUUGGUACAGGUUCAACGCAUUCACAAUGGAAACCAGAUGAAAUAAUACAAAUACAAAAAUUACAUGAAGAACAUGUUAUUUAUUUAUUUGAUAUAUUUUAUUCAAUAUUUUCAAAUAAAUUAUCUGAAGAACUACUUGAUGAUAAUUUAAUUGAAAUAAUAAAUACAUCAUGUCUUAUACCAGUACUUGAAUCAUAUUUACGUAAUGAUUCAAUAUUAGAUAUAUCAAAACAAGGUGAUAUACAUCGUUAUUGUUUACGUUUAGUUAAUUGUUUAUUAAAUAAUGAAAAAUUAAAAAAUUUAAUUUAUCAAACAAGUAAUAUUGAAUAUUUAAUUGAUAAUCUUUUACAAUGUGUACAAACAUAUACAUCAAUGAUACAAAUUGAUGAUGAUGAACAAUUAAAUUUAUUUUCAAUUGAAUUAAAACAAGUUUAUGAUAAAAUUAAACAAGAUAAACAAAUUGUAAAUAAUUAUAAUCAACAACAACAAUUUAAUAUAAAUACUAAUAAUAAAUAUGAAUUAAUUACAUUAGAUGAGUUUUAUUGUCAAACAAUGAAAUUAUUACAAUUUAGUACAUAUCCAAUAACAAUUGAAAAUGAAACAAAUGAUAAAAUAUUAUUUAAUAAAAAACUUAAAUAUCAUUAUGAAGAUAUUGUACGUGAUGCAUUAACAAUAAAUUCAAUGCAAAGAAUAAAACGUUUAGCACAAGAACAAAUAACAAUAUCAACAUCAUUACCAUUAUCAUUUAGUUCAACAAUAUUUGUACGUUCAGAUGAAAAUCGUAUGGAUAUUAUGAAAAUAUUAAUAACAGGUCCUGAUGGUACACCAUAUUCAAAUGGAUGUUUUAUAUUUGAUGUUUAUUUUCCAAAUGAAUAUCCAACAACACCACCAUCAAUUAAUUUAGAAACAACAGGAAAUCAUACAGUUAGAUUUAAUCCAAAUUUAUAUAAUGAUGGAAAAGUUUGUUUAAGUAUAUUAAAUACAUGGCAUGGUAGACCAGAAGAAAAAUGGAAUGCAACAUCAACCUUUUUACAAGUUCUUGUAUCUAUUCAAUCUCUUAUAUUUGUACCUGAACCUUAUUUUAAUGAACCUGGUUAUGAACGUACACGUGGUACAGCAACUGGUACUGCUCAAUCACUUGAAUAUGAUGCUAAUAUUCGACAAGCAACAGUUCGAUGGGCAAUGCUUGAACAAUUACGAAAUCCUCCUGGAUGUUUUACUGAUAUCAUACGGCGGCAUUUCUUUUUAAAACGAAAUGAAGUAAUUGAUCAAUGUGAAUCAUGGAUACGUGAAUUACAAGAAACAUCAUCAACAGAAAAACGUAUUAGUUCAUCAAUAAGUCAACAUGUUGCAUCACUUAUACGUCAUACAAAUGAUCUUAAAAAAGAAUUAAAUUCUUUAACACCACCUGAUGAUCUUAUUAUUCCAUCUGAAUUAACAGCACUUUUACUUAAAACAUCAUCAAAUAAUAUUAAUAAUACAACAACAACAACAACAACAGAUCAAGUAAUACCUUCUUGUUCUUCUGCAUUAACAACAACAGUAAAUAUUCCAUCAAUAUCGGAUACAAAUAAAUUACUUGAACAAAUUAUACAUUCAACAUCAACUGAUGAACAUUCAAUACAAAUUAAAAUAGUACCUAAUCUACAAUAUCAAUCACCUUUAUCAUCAGCUGCUGCUACAAUUGAAUCACCAACAACAUUAAUUGAUACAGAAACUCAACAAUCAUCAAAUUCAUCAAAUGAUCAUUAUGAACAACAACAAAAUCAAUCACCAUCAACAAAUACAAAUACAUAUGAUGUAACAAUAACACAUUCAAAUAGUUUAAUAUCAGAUUGGACAUCAACUGAUACACCAAAUGUACCAUUACCUGAUGAUGGACUUAUUUAUGAUGAUUUACUUGAUGAUGAAGAUGAUUUAGAUGAUGAUUUAGAUAUAGAAGAUAUGCUUGAAUAUGAAGGUGAAAUACCUGAAGGUUAUCCUGAAGAUUUUUAUUGA